UUGUAAAGAUAAUUUAUAAAACUCAAACCCUUUUAUGCUUGAAUUAUGUACUUGUUUGGGCUUUCAGCUAUUCAUUCCAUUCCGUAACAGCUCCAGUUACCGAUUGUUUGUCUCUCCUCUCUCUCUCUCUCUAAAAACCACAGACGAUGAUGCCGAGGUUAUUCGCAGUGAGGACUUUAGCUGCUGCAUUAUCCAGAAGGGAGACACAGCGUGCUGCUUUUUCAACUUCUCUACUCUUCGAUGAUACACAGAUACAGUUCAAAGAAAGUAUUUCACAAUUUGCCCAAGAAAAUAUUGCUCCUCAUGCAUCAAAAAUAGACGAAACAAAUUAUUUUCCCAAGGACGUCAACUUAUGGAGACUAAUGGGGGAUUUUAAUCUCCAUGGAGUAACUGCUUCAGAGGAAUACGGUGGACUUGGCCUUGGUUAUUUAUAUCACUGCAUAGCUAUGGAAGAAAUUAGUCGCGCUUCGGGGUCUGUUGGCCUUUCCUACGGCGCACACUCUAACCUAUGUAUUAAUCAGUUGGUGAGGAAUGGGAACUCUGCUCAGAAGCAGAAAUACCUGCCAAAGCUAAUCAGUGGAGAGCAUGUAGGAGCUCUUGCAAUGAGUGAGCCCAAUGCGGGCUCUGAUGUUGUUAGCAUGAAAUGCAAAGCUGAUCGUGUUGAUGGAGGUUAUGUUAUAAAUGGGAACAAGAUGUGGUGCACCAAUGGUCCAGUUGCUCAGACUCUGCUGGAUCAGGUUGUGUAUGCAAAAACGGAUACUGCAGCUCACUCAAAAGGAAUCACAGCAUUUAUCAUUGAGAAGGGAAUGCCUGGAUUCAGUACAGCCCAGAAAUUAGACAAACUUGGAAUGCGAGGAAGUGAUACAUGCGAGCUUGUCUUUGAAAAUUGCUUUGUUCCUGAAGAAAAUGUUCUUGGGCAGGAAGGAAAAGGAGUUUAUGUUAUGAUGUCAGGGCUAGAUUUGGAGAGGCUUGUUUUGGCUGCUGGACCCCUUGGACUCAUGCAGGCAUGUCUCGAUGUCGUUCUUCCUUAUGUUCGACAGCGAGAACAGUUUGGUCGUCCUAUUGGGGAGUUUCAAUUUAUACAGGGAAAAAUUGCUGACAUGUAUACUUCACUACAGUCUUCAAGAUCGUAUGUGUAUUCUGUAGCGAGGGACUGUGACAGUGGAAAAAUUGAUCCAAAGGAUUGUGCUGGGGUUAUACUUUGUGCAGCUGAAAGAGCCACCCAGGUUGCUUUACAGGCUAUUCAAUGUCUAGGUGGUAAUGGGUAUGUGAACGAGUAUACAACCGGUCGUCUUCUUAGGGACGCUAAAUUAUAUGAGAUUGGAGCAGGGACUAGUGAGAUCAGAAGAAUGAUUAUCGGCCGUGAGCUCUUCAAGGAACUGUGAUAAUAGAAAUCGCGCAUAAUAUUUGUGUUGCUGGACCCAAGCAUCAAAACCUUCCUGCCGCGGAUUCUCAAUAUCUUUUCUGUUGCCGAGAUUGCGUCUGAUUCUGAUUUGCAGAUUGACUUAGCUUGCCUCGGGUGUCAGCCAUGCCCUACUCUUUGAUACAAAUAAUUCUAGUCUCAUUUUGAAAUGCAACUAAAGAACAGGUAAAGGAUCCCGAAACAAAUGUAUUAUCUUGUCGAUUGAAUUUAGCUGGCCAAAUAAAAUUUCUACAGUUUAUCGGUUGUGGUUAUGACACAAGAUAUUUUUUAAAAUCUUUUUUCGUAAAUUUUUUGUUUA